GCCCUAACAUACUAAUAGUAUUACUAAUAAUCCGGAUAAUUCAUGCCACAAUCUGACCCCACAAUGAGUGCCACGAUGCGGUCUCGGAAACCUGCCACGUCGACGUCGACGGCGGCGUCUGGCCUCACCGCAAGUGACAAAGAUAGCAAGAAGGAAGACGUUCAUGACCAGGAGGAGAUGCGGCUGUGGGCUCCGAAUUUCCACUCGGCAUUCAGUCUGCUGGCAGUGGUGCGGGUGUUGUCGGCGCUGAUCAACAUCAUCUCCGACUGUGACGAAACGUUCAACUACUGGGAACCGCUGCACAACCUCGUGUAUGGCUUUGGCCUGCAGACGUGGGAGUACAGUCCUGCAUACGCCCUACGCUCGUACUUGUACCUGCUGGUACAUGCUAUUCCAGCCAAACUCGGCGCUAUUUUCGUGUUUGGGAACACCAAGCUGGGCUUCUUCUUCGGGUUGCGCGUGGCCCUGGCUUUCUUCUCCGCUGCGUCCGAAGCGCUCUUCUACCGGGGCAUCGUACACGCCUUUGGGCCGGUCGUGGGUCGGUACACGCUGGUGCUUCUCGCGUUCAACAGCGGCCUCUUCCUCGCCAGCACCGCCUUCCUCCCCAGCUCGUUUGUCAUGUACCUCCUCAUGCUGUUCUCGUACUCGUGGAUGGUCUCUGACACGACGUUCAGUACCACCGCGCUCGUCGCGGGCGUCACGGCGGUGCUCUGCGGCUGGCCGUAUGUAGGCGUCAUGUGUGUGCCGUUCUUCUUCGACUCGAUCGCGCGCUUCGGCGUCGUGCGUCCCAUCGCCACGGGCCUUGUGGUCGUGUCCUUGAUUCUGUCACUGGAACUCGCGGUCAACUACCAUUACUACCACAAGCUCGUCCUCCCGGCCCUCAACAUUGUCCUGUACAACGUGCUCUCGUCCGGGUCCGAGCUGUAUGGCACCGAGCCGUGGCACUUCUACGCGCAAAACCUCGCGCUCAACUUCAACGUAGCUGCCGUCUUGGCGGCCCUGAGUGCCCCCGUGACCGCGAUCACCGUCGUCUUCCGCCGCCACACCCGCCGCCAAGCGCUAUUCUUGACACCGCUGUGGAUCUGGUUGGUCAUCAUGACGCUGCAGGCCCACAAAGAGGAGCGGUUCCUGUUCCCCGUCUACCCGCUCCUGUGCGCCGCCGCCGCCGUCUCCCUAAAGGCCAUCGCGGCCGUCUUUCCCCGUCGGCUUGGCUCGUUCGUGGCAGUGCUGGCCUUGGUGGUGUACGCCGCGCUCUCUGCCAUGCGCAUCGCAAGCGUCACGACUCAAUAUGGCGCCCCCCUAAGACUAUACCAGCACAUGUCGACCGAGUUGCUCGCAACCCGAGGAGCAACGUCGACCCACGCGAUGGUGGUUGUGUGCGUCGGCAAGGAGUGGCAUCGGUUCCCCAGCCAUUUCUUCUUUCCGAAUCAUGUGCGGCUGCAGUUUAUUCGAAGCGGCUUCCACGGGCAACUCCCAGCCUACUUUAACACCACGUAUGACGUACCCCCCCACAUGAACGACCUCAACCAGGACGAACCGUCGCGCUAUGUGCCCAUUACCACUUGCGACUUUGUCGUUGAUCGCACCGUCCCCGCGGCGUCGGCGCACCCCGACGAGCCUGGGUUCGAGUCAGAUCCGGACUGGACGGAACUCCACGCCGAGCCGUACUUGCUCUCGGAAGCGUCGCAUCGGGGGCUUCGGGCGUUCUACGUGCCGUUCUAUACCCCGUCGCAUGUUACGUUUACAUCGUACGCAGUGUACGGCCGCACGGACGAGCGGCAACCGGCGCAGUAAUAAUAUAGUAUGCUGUGGAGGGAAUAAAAAUAUGCAUGGGGUAAGAGGUUGAAUAAGAAGACUACGACGGCUUGAUGUUAUGGUAUUGCCGUUCUUUUACCCAAAGCUUG